UCUGUAGUCUUUGUCCUGCUUCACAGCUCCACUGGCUGCCAUGGGCACUGCCCACAGGGAGAGGAGCUGACUGCCGCCUUUCCUAACAUUGCAUCCCUCGCAGCAGUCUCCACCAGCAUCCAGUCAUUGCACUGCGGGAGGAGUCUCUAGUCUAUUUUGCGCGUCUUCCGAGGCACAAUGACCCGAUUCCCGUAGGCGAUACCCAGCGACGUCUGCCUGGCUACCUGGAAGAUGCUGGGAUGAGGAGGAUGGAGCUUUUGAGCGUUUGCAUUUGGGCUCUGGUUGGCUUGGUGUCUGCUGGAUGAUGCGCAGAGGGGUUCUCGGUGUGUUUAUGUUUGACCCUGAUUUGGAAAACCCCCAUCCCACCAGGAGAUCCAUGCCCCGGUUUUUGCACCGUUGUCAUCACCAUGUCCCCAGCAUCGGCUGCAACGGCCAGUGAAAGCAGCACCACCACCGUCCCCGAAGAGGAGUCAGACAGCCCCAGAGAGGAGCAGCGGCCCCACAAACAGUCCCUGACGAAAUCCUUGUGUCAGGAAACUCACUGGAAAUGCCUGCUGCUGUCCCUGCUGAUGUACAGCUGCGUCGGGGUGAUGGCCUGGUGCCAGGUGACCAAGGUCACACGCCUCUCCUUCGACAGUGCUUACAAGGGAAAAUCUAUGAUGUACCACGACAGUCCCUGCUCCAACGGCUACAUCUACAUCCCUUUGGCCUUCCUGGUCAUGCUCUAUGUGGUCUACCUGGUGGAGUGUUGGCACUGCUACACCAGGAACGAGCUGCAAUACAAGGUGGAUGUGGACAGUGUGGCAGAGCGCAUCCAGCGAAUGCAGGGGGCUACGCCGUGCAUCUGGUGGAAGGCCAUUAGUUACCAUUAUGUCAGGAGGACACGGCAGGUGACGCGCUACCGUAACGGAGAUGCCUAUACCACCACGCAGGUCUACCACGAGCGAGUCAACACCCACGUGGCUGAGGCAGAGUUUGACUAUGGGAACUGUGGGGUUAAGGACAUCUCUAAGCACCUGCUGGGCCUGGAGGACUUCCCUAUCACCAGGCUGAGGUUCACUAAGUGCUUUAGCUUUGCCAAUGUGGAGUCAGAGAACUCCUACCUGACCCAGCGGGCCAGGUUCUUCACAGAGAAUGAGGGCCUGGAUGACUACAUGGAGGCCCGUGAGGGGAUGCACCUGAAGAAUGUAGACUUUAAAGAGCAUAUGAUUGCCUUUUCUGACCCUAACCAUCUCCCCUGGUACGCAUUAAACUCCACUUUCUGGGCGGCAGCUGCUUUCACUCUUUCCUGGCCUCUGCGGGUGCUGACAGAGUACCGUACUGCUUGUGUACACUACCACGUAGAGAAGCUGUUUGGCUUUGACUAUGUGCCAGUAACACCAUCUGAGGAGCGGCCGUAUUGCAGACACAUCCCGCGAGUCAACACAAUCGACAGCACGGAGCUGGAGUGGCACAUCCGAUCCAACCAGCAGCUGGUGCCCAGCUACUCAGAGGCAGUUCUCAUGGACCUGUCCCAGCUCUCUGGGAGCUGUAACAGCUACUCCGUAUGUGGAGGCUACGGUAGCUACAGGCAGAACUGUGAGCGCUGCCACCGCGCCAUCAGUAGCUCCUCCAUCUUCUCUCGCAGCGCCCUCAGCAUCUGCAACACGGGGAGCCCCCGCAUCCCCUUCAGUGCAAGCCGCUUCUCACUGGGUCGGUUGUAUGGCUCCAGGCGGAGCUGCCUGUGGAGGAGCAGCGGAAGCCUGAAUGAGCGGUCCUGCCCUACAGAGAGCACGCGCUGUCUGUCAGGUCAGCAGACCAGUGAGGAGAACCCUCCAGCCUACCAGGACGCUCUGUACUUCCCAGUGCUCAUUGUACAUCGUAACGAAGGCUGCCUCAACCACAACCACCGCUCCCUGCACAGAAAUGGCUCCUGUGUGGAGACUUCUCUAUGACCCACAGCUGCCAGACUUAUCUGAGCAAGGAAUAUAAUGAUACAGGAA